AUGAAUGACCUGCUGAAGGUGCCCCUGGUGCACGUCCUCACCCUGGCAGCCCUCAGCUUGGCCGAGAUGCUCCCAAAAGCUCCCUUCAUCAGCACUCCGCUGGAAACUGUGGAUGCGCUGGUAGAGGACGUCGCCAAGUUUGUCUGUGCAGUGGAGUCAUACCCUGAGCCGGAGAUUACGUGGACACGCAACAGCAUUCCCAUCAGGCUGUUCGACACCCGGUACAGCAUACAGGGGAACGGGCAGCUCCUGACCAUUUUGAGCGUGGAGGACAGUGAUGACGGGGUGUACUGCUGCACAGCGGAUAACGGGGUUGGAGCGGCUGCGCAGAGCUGUGGGGCUCUCCAAGUGAAAAUGCGACCCAAAAUAACACGACCGCCUAUAAAUGUGGAAAUAAUAGAAGGGUUAAAGGCUGUUCUUCCGUGCACUACAAUGGGGAAUCCAAAGCCAUCUGUUUCAUGGAUCAAAGGAGAAACAGUUGUAAAGGAGAAUGCUCGCAUUGCUGUCCUUGAUUCAGGGAAUUUAAGGAUCCACAAUGUUCAGAGAGAAGAUGCAGGACAAUACCGAUGUGUAGCCAAGAACAGCCUGGGCACAGCCUAUUCGAAACCCGCAACGGUGGUAGUGGAAGAUCUACCAGAGCCAGUUAGGGAAUCUAAAAUUUUUGCCAGAAUCCUGAAGGCUCCCGAAUCCCACAAUAUCACCUUUGGGUCUGUGGUGACAUUGCGGUGCACGGCGACCGGCCUUCCAGUGCCCACCAUCACCUGGCUAGAGAAUGGGAAAGCGGUUUCCGCAGGAUCUAUAGCGGAAAGCAUCAAGGACAGAGUGGUUGACUCCAGACUGCAGGUGUAUGUCACCCGACCUGGCCUGUUCACUUGCCUCGCCACGAACAAACACAGCAAAACUUUUGGAGCCGCAAAAGCUGCAGCAACCAUCAGCGUUUCAGAGUGGAGCAAGCUGUACAAGGGUGAUGCAGGCUACUGCAGCACAUACAGAGGUGAGGUGUGUAGUGCUAUCUUGGCGAAGAAUGCUCUUGUUUUCUUCAACUCCUCCUAUGCUGACCCAGAGGAGACGCAAGAGCUGCUUGUGCACACUGCCUGGACUGAACUGAAAAUGGUGAGUUCAUUCUGCCAACCGGCUGCCGAGUCUCUGCUGUGUAACUACAUCUUCCAGGAGUGCAAUCCCUCGGGAGCUGGGCCAGCUCCAAAACCGGUGUGCAGAGAGAAUUGCCUUGCUGUAAAGGAUCUCUACUGCUUUAAGGAAUGGCUCUCAAUGGAAGAAAACUCUCAGAAGGGGAUUUACAAGCCAGGGCUGAUGCUGCUCACUCUUCCCGAAUGCAACAGGCUGCCCAGCCUGCACCAGGACCCCAGCGCCUGCACCCGCAUCCCUUUCUUCGCAUCAUUAUCACUAGGAACAAGAAAACCAAAUGGAGAGACUCCAAAUGUCCCCCCUCCUCCUCCCUUUUCCCCUACAUACUCCAUGACCGUUAUCAUCUCAAUCAUCUCCAGCUUUGCCCUGGUCGUGAUCCUUGGCAUUGUCACCCUGGUUUGCUGCCAUCGGCGAAAGCAGUGGAAAAACAAAAAAAGAGAGUCAGAGACACCGACACUCACCACUCUGCCCUCCGAACUCCUCCUUGACCGCCUGCACCCCAACCCGAUGUACCAGCGGAUGCCCCUUCUCCUCAAUCCGAAAUUGCUCAGCCUGGAGUAUCCCAGGAACAAUAUUGAAUAUGUGAGAGAUAUCGGGGAAGGAGCAUUUGGGAGAGUCUUCCAAGCAAGGGCCCCAGGGCUGCUGCCCUACGAGCCUUUCACAAUGGUGGCAGUGAAAAUGCUGAAGGAGGAGGCAUCCGCAGACAUGCAGGCUGACUUUCAGAGGGAGGCAGCCCUCAUGGCAGAGUUUGACAAUCCGAAUAUUGUCAAGCUUUUAGGUGUGUGUGCUGUUGGGAAACCGAUGUGCCUGCUUUUUGAGUACAUGGCCUAUGGGGAUCUCAACGAGUACCUGCGUGACCGCUCGCCCCGCAACCUCUGCAGCCUGGUGCACAGUAGCCUGGAUGCGCGGUUCCGCCUCCCCAACCCCCUGGCUCUGUGCUGCACCAGCCAGCUCUGCAUUGCCAAGCAGGUGGCUGCCGGCAUGGCGUACCUCUCUGAGCGCAAGUUCGUCCACCGGGAUUUGGCUACUAGGAACUGCCUGGUGGGGGAGAACAUGGUGGUCAAAAUUGCUGAUUUUGGUCUCUCUCGGAACAUGUAUUCGGCUGACUAUUACAAAGCAAAUGAGAAUGACGCCAUCCCCAUCCGCUGGAUGCCCCCCGAGUCUAUUUUCUACAACCGCUACACCACAGAGUCUGAUGUGUGGGCCUACGGAGUGGUACUGUGGGAGAUCUUCUCCUACGGCAUGCAGCCCUACUAUGGGAUGGCUCAUGAGGAGGUCAUCUACUAUGUGAGGGAUGGCAAUGUCCUCUCCUGCCCGGAUAAUUGUCCCCUGGAGCUCUACAACCUGAUGCGCCUCUGCUGGAGCAAGCUGCCUGCUGACCGGCCAGGAUUUGCCAGCAUCCACCGCAUCUUGGAGCGCAUGUACGAGAGGGCUGUGGCCACCCCAUCAGUCUGA